AUGACGAAGAAAAACAAAGCACAAUCGAAAGGAAAACCAAGACCUUCAAAGAAAAAGAGAAUCGAUGAUACAAUGGAUGAAGAUGAGCAAGAACCAGCAAAAGAGAGUCCAAUGUCAAAAGAGCCGGUAUCAAAAGAACAACCAACUGGAGGAGUCAAAGGAGGAUGGAACUUCUUCCAAAAUGAUAUUGUGAAAGAAUCAGUAAAAAAGCUUGCAAGUCGAGAGGCAAAUAAGAAGAAAUCAAAGGAAAAAGAGAAAGAGAAAACAACGAGAGAGAAGAAAUUACCCCAAUCAGCAGAGAAAACAGAAAAAGAAACUACUCAAUCAGCGAAAGUUUUGAUAGCAGCCAAGGGUCUUUGUAGAUAUUUACUUGAUAUGAAAGAAUCCAGUCUGAGUACAUAUUUCGAUGAACGUCUCUCCAAGUACACUCCUUCUAAUCAAACCUUUGUUGAUUGGGAAAAUAAUAUUACGAAGAAUAGAUCAAAAGAAUAUAAACUGAAUGAUAAUGGACGUGUACAUAUAGAUGUAUCUGGAAAAGAUUCAUAUAUUAAUGCAAGUCAUAUCAGAUUCGAUCCAUCUUGUCCUGAAUAUAUUCUGACUCAAUACCCAUUGAAAGACACAAUUCAUGACUUUUGGAGGAUGGUUUCACAGAAAAGAGUAUCCCGAAUCAUCACUAUAUUCGAACCAUUCACUGAUGAGGCAAUCGAAGAAUUCAGUAAAAUUCCUAGUUCUAUGUCACCAGUUGCCUCGUCAACACCUGAAUCUUCAACUGGAACUCCAUUGAGUGUGUCACAGAAAUCUCAAACAAGAGAUCAGAUCAUGACCACUUCGAUUCGUUGUGAGUCAAACCAACUCAAAUCCUUUUUUCCACUCUCUACCGAUCACUAUAUGAACCUGGAUAACUGGUUAAUCAACACUCGAAAAGUAGAAAUCGACGAACGGAAUAAGACAUGGAUGAGCAUGUACACAGUUGAGAUUGUAGCUGCUGAAUGUAGUGAAGCUAGUUAUAUAAGAGUGUUCAAUUGUACUACGUGGCCAUGGAAAAAGACUCCAAACGAAGAGAAAAAGCUUCUUGCUUUGGUCAGAGCUCCUUUCAAAGAUAAUGGAUCACUCAUCGCAAAACCUGAUAAAUCAGAACCUAUCAUUGUGAUGUGUGAUUUGGGACUUGAUCGGUCAGCGACAGUUAUUCUCACUUCUGUUAUCAUUGAACUUGUUUUGGCUGGAAAGACUCCUGAUUGUGAUGCUCUAUUUAAGAAAAUGAGAGACCAACGUGCCAAUGUCUUCACAAUGAGCAUGUUCUACACAUAUGCUAUCAGAGCAGCACUCGUUUAUUUGAGAAUGAAACUGAAAUUGGUCAAUGAUGGAGAAGAAUUGAAGGCUAUGUUGAAUGAGGCUCUCCUGAAAGUUCCGUUUCUUUCAAAUCCAAAAAAAUGA